AUGACUAAAAUGCCUGGGAAGCCUUUGGGAGAGAUUCGGCAUUCGGUAUCAUUUUCUGUGAAAGCAAACAAUCACCCAUCUGGGGAACUUGAAAGACGUAACGCAAACAAAGCAGACGAUGCCACCAGAACACUAGAAAUUGUUCGCAAACUCCAAAACCUGCUCCCGUCUGUUUUCCCGCCAACCGGAGACCGACCCGAGCCAUCGAUCAUGGUUCAUGAUGACCUUUCUAGUCAGAACAUCCUCGUCAAUGAAAGUGGAGAGUUCACUGCUGUUUUGCACUGGGAAUGUGUUGCGGCACUUCCUGUGUGGAAAGAAUGCGAUUACCCUGAAUUUCUGCAAGAGAAAACACGGCAUGUAAGACCCGAACUAGGAAACUACAAGCCCUAA